AUGGCACCUGUGAAGAUCAGCCAUGUGGUGUCAUUUUCCUCUCAGGAUCCCAGGUAUCCUGUGGAAAACCUACUGAACCCAGACAGCCAGAGGGGACCUUGGCUCAGCUGCCCUCAGGACAAAAGUGGGCAACUGAAAGUGGAGCUGCAGCUGGAGAGAGCAGUGCGCAUUGGCUAUAUCGAUGUUGGUAACUGUGGCUGUGCUUUCCUGCAAAUUGAUGUGGGCCGUUCUUCCUGGUCCCUGAACAGACCUUUCGUCACCCUGCUCCCUGCAACCAUGCUAAUGUCCCUAGCUGAUUCAAAGCAGGGGAAGAACCGCUCAGGGGUCCGCAUGUUUAAAGAUGAUGAUUUCCUGGCCCCAGCUUCAGGUGAGUCAUGGGAUCGACUUCGCCUCACAUGCUCCCAACCCUUCACACGUCAUCAGUCCUUUGGCCUGGCCUUCUUGCAAGUUCGUUCCUCUCUGGAUUCCUUAGAUGAUCCCACAACAGGACGCUCAGCCCCUAAGAGCUGUGGGCUGAGCCAGGGGUCUUCUGAUGCCCAGAAGUCUGGUCCCAGCCCCUGGCUGGCUAAUCCUUCCAUCCGGAGGACAUUCUUCCCAGAUUCCCAGAUGAGCACCAGGGAUAUUUCAGAGCUCAAGAAUAGUCUACAGCAGCUGCAGCCCGGAGGAACUCUGGGGCGUUCAGCCCGCAUGGUGCUAUCAGCUGCCCGCAGGGCGCCCCUAGCCACCGUAGCAAACCAGAGGAACAACCACGCAGAACCAGGUCGCAGUCCUCCAGAUUGUUCAGAGCUCAGACCUGAGGAACAAAACUUACAGAAUGAUGCAGGCAGGAUGAAGAGACGGAAAGUGCACGACCAAAGAUUUCUAUCUAACUGUAACCCUCAGCCAAACAGGAGGGGCACAACACGACAACAUCAUCUGCAAACCCAAAGCUAUGGACAGAGACAACAACACCAACCUCAAACCCAAAGCAGUGGUGUCCAGGAUAGUGGACAGUGCCCCAUUUGUGCUGGCUCCUUCACCCUUGAAAUUCUCGCCCUGCAUGCUGCCACGUGUGGAGAGACCUCCCCACCUCACCCAGCCUCUCCCUCUUCAUCACCAUCUUCAUCACCAUCUUCAUCCCAGUCUGUAGUAAGAUUUAAUUUUAUGUUGCUUACACCACCUCCCCUGGUCCCAGGGUACAGGCCACAGCCUAACUGGACGGAGAUCGUGAACAAAAAGCUGAAGUUCCCACCUCCACUCUUGGGUGCCAUCCAGGAGGGGCGACUGGGCCUUGUGCAGCAGCUGCUGGAGUCAGGGGUGGAGGCCACAGGUGGCAGUGGCCCAGGUGGGCCCCUGCGGAAUGUAGAGGAGGCUGAGGACCGCUCCUGGAGGGAAGCUCUCAACCUGGCCAUCCGCCUGGGCCACGAGGCCAUCACCGAUAUGCUAUUGGCCAAUGUCAAAUUCGACUUCCGGCAGAUCCAUGAGGCAUUGCUAGUGGCAGUGGAUACAAAUCAGCCAGCAGUGGUGCGUCGCUUACUGGCCCGGCUGGAACGGGAGAAGGGCCGCAAAGUAGACACUAGGUCUUUCUCACUGGCUUUCUUUGACUCAUCAAUCGAUGGCUCCCGCUUUGCCCCUGGUGUCACUCCACUCACUCUGGCCUGCCAGAAGGAUCUGUAUGAGAUUGCACAGCUGCUCAUGGAUCAGGGUCACACCAUCGCCCGACCCCACCCAGUCUCCUGUGCCUGCCUCGAGUGCGGCAACGCCCGCCGCUAUGACCUGCUAAAGUUCUCCUUGUCCCGCAUCAACACCUAUCGUGGCAUUGCCAGCAGGGCGCAUCUCUCACUGGCCAGUGAGGAUGCCAUGCUGGCUGCCUUCCAGCUUAGCCGCGAGCUCAGGCGCCUUGCACGCAAGGAGCCCGAGUUUAAGCCUGAGUACAUUGCCCUGGAGUCACUGAGCCAGGACUACGGCUUUGAACUGCUAGGCAUGUGCCGAAACCAGAGUGAGGUCACUGCAGUGCUCAACGACCUGGGUGAGGACAGCGAGACGGAGGCUGAGGGCCUGGGCCAGGCCUUUGAGGAGGGCAUCCCAAACCUGGCAAGGCUGCGACUGGCCGUCAACUACAACCAGAAGCGGUUUGUAGCACACCCUAUCUGCCAGCAAGUCCUGUCCUCCAUCUGGUGCGGGAACCUGGCCGGCUGGCGUGGAAGUACCACCAUCUGGAAGCUCUUUGUUGCCUUCCUCAUCUUCCUCACCAUGCCCUUCCUCUGCCUUGGCUACUGGCUGGCACCCAAGUCUCAGCUGGGCCAUCUGCUAAAGAUCCCGGUACUGAAGUUCCUCCUGCACUCCGCCUCCUAUCUGUGGUUCCUCAUCUUCCUGCUGGGAGAAUCCCUAGUCAUGGAGACGCAGCUCAGCAUCUUCCGUGGCCGCAGCCAGAGCGUCUGGGAGACUUCUCUACACAUGGUUUGGGUCACAGGCUUCCUCUGGUUCGAGUGUAAGGAGGUGUGGAUCGAGGGCCUGCGUAGUUACCUCCUGGAUUGGUGGAACUUCCUGGACGUGGUCAUCCUGUCUCUGUACCUGGCAGCCUUUGCACUGCGUGUUCUCCUGGCUGGUCUUGCCCAUAUGCACUGCUGGGAUGCCCCAAACGGAACUGCCUGCCACUAUUUCACCACUGCUGAGAGAAGUGAGUGGCGCACCGAGGAUCCCCAGUUCUUGGCUGAGGUGCUCUUUGCUGUCACCAGCAUGCUCAGCUUCACCCGCCUGGCCUACAUUCUGCCAGCCCAUGAGUCACUGGGCACUUUGCAGAUUUCCAUUGGCAAGAUGAUUGAUGACAUGAUCCGGUUCAUGUUUAUCCUCAUGAUCAUCCUAACUGCCUUCCUCUGUGGCCUCAACAACAUCUAUGUGCCCUACCAGGAGACGGAGCGGCUGGGCAAUUUCAACGAGACAUUCCAGUUUCUGUUCUGGACCAUGUUUGGCAUGGAGGAGCACAGCGUGGUAGACAUGCCUCAGUUUCUGGUGCCUGAAUUCGUGGGCCGGGCCCUCUACGGCAUCUUUACCAUCGUCAUGGUCAUUGUGCUGCUCAACAUGCUCAUUGCUAUGAUCACCAACUCCUUCCAGAAGAUUGAGGAUGACGCUGAUGUAGAGUGGAAAUUUGCUCGCUCCAAGCUCUACUUGUCCUACUUCCGAGAGGGCCUGACGCUGCCUGUGCCCUUCAACAUUCUACCCUCCCCCAAGUCCUUCUUCUACCUUCUCAGGAGGAUUUUCCAGUUCAUUUGCUGUUGCUGUUCCUGCUGCAAAACCAAGAAGCCAGACUAUCCCCCAAUCCCCAUCUUUGCCAAUCCUGGGGCAGGGACAGGGCCUGGGGAGGGAGAGCGAAGAUCUUACCGGCUUCGUGUCAUCAAGGCCCUGGUCCAGCGCUACAUAGAGACUGCCCGACGUGAAUUCGAGGAGACUCGUAGGAAAGACCUGGGCAACAGACUGACAGAGCUGACCAAGACUGUAUCUCGAUUGCAAAGUGAAGUAGCUGGUGUGCGGCGGACUCUGGCACAGGGAGGGACACCCCGGCCCCCUGACGGUGCCAGUGUUCUCAGUCGCUACAUUACCCGAGUGCGUAACAGCUUCCAGAACCUUGGGCCCCCAAUCCCUGAGACCCCAGAGCUGACAGUGCCAGGGAUUGUGGAAACCCAAGGAUCUUCAGAAACUGGACCUCAAGACACUGGAGGGACUAGGGCUCUAGCUUCUGGAGAGUCCAGCCCCUCCUCCCCAGCUCAUGUGCUAGUGCAUAGAGAGCAGGAAGCAGAGGGGGUUGGGGACCUGUCCCAGGAGGAGGGUUUGGGGACCAAAGGGGAGCCCUAG